AUGACACUAGUGUACCUCUCCAUUUACAAUGCUAUCCAGCUAGCGUUGUGGUCACUGGGUCUUCUACUUCUAGGCGCGUGGGCACUACCAAAGCCAGAUAGCCUAGACCUUUACAUCUGCAUGGCUCAGAGCAUGAUGGUUUUGGACAUUGUGCACGUGGCUUUGGGGCUUACCCGGGGAGGACUUUUAACGACGACUCUCCAGAUCCUCUCCCGCCUUGUUGUCGUAUGGUUCGCAGUGCAUGAUUCUCGGACCACAAUUGCUGCGAGGUCAUAUUCCUGGGCACACUCAUGUUUUAUACUAAUGUACUCAUCCUGGGCCUUUGCAGAGAUCAUCCGCUACUCCUACUACCUCAAGAAGAACAAGCCACCCAAGUGGCUGAAGUGGUUGCGCUAUAACGCGUUUCAUUUACUGUAUCCUGUGGGUGUUCUUGCUGGGGAGGUUCCUAUCAUCUACCUUGCUCGGAUGGUCUACCAACCAUACGAUGUUUUCUGGUUGGGAUACUCCAUCGUUUUGCUUCUCUACGUCCCAGGGUUUCCGAUCCUAUUUCUGCACAUGGUAAAGCAGAGGAAGCGCGCUUCCACCGCAAAGCAGUGA